CUUAUCUAACUGUGCCAAUGUUUUUGUCUGUACACAGAAAUGGCGAAUAACGGAGUUUUAUUAUACUUACUUAUAGCUAUAGCUUUAGGCCAGGUUUAUUCAGACUGUCCGAAAGGUUGGAUACAUCACGACGAAUCCUGCUAUCUCUUUAAUCCUAAAGACAAAUAUAACUGGAUUGAAUCUCAGUUGUUAUGUGCCGGACAUCAAGCAUAUCUAGUCCAUGUAGAGGACAAUGCUGAAAAUAUUUUCGUUAAAGGAUUAAUUUCGCAAGGACUAGGCGGCGUGUCUGGGGCCAGUGUCUGGAUGGGCGCGUCAGAUGACGUGGUGGAAGGUCAGUUUCUGUGGUACGGUACAGACGAACCUGUCACAUUCACCGACUGGGGACCAGGUGAACCGAACAGUAUCCCCUUACAUCUCGACGAGGACUGUCUCACGUACUGGGGCGACUGGAACUGGAAAUGGGCGGACUACGAUUGUCAUCAACAAUGUAAUUAUGUCUGCGAAAAACCAAUGGAUGAUGGCAAUGUGAUAGUAGGAUAGAUGGAAUAAUAUAUGAAACUAUUUGUGUUUGUGUUAUAACCACUGAAUGAUGAAAAUAAAACCUUCAAUUAUCAUA